UUAUUUUUUAAUAUUUAUUUUAUUCUCAUUUCCUUUAUAAUUUAUAAUUCCUUAAUGAUUGCUUGUUUAUUUUAUACUUUAUUUAAUUUAGAUUUAUGAUUUAAAUAAUAUUAUCCAUAGUAAAUAACUUUGAUACAAUUUUUUCACCUUUAUAAAUUAUUUAGGCUUCUUAUUGACUUUGUGCUUAUAUAGGUAAGUAUUUGUUGACUCAAUUUUUUUUUAACAAAUAAGUACUUUAUUGUUUUAGUUAUAAAAUUUCAUUUUUUUGAUUAGAUAAAAUUAUUAAUGUUGAUUUUUAUAAACAUUUUUAGGCAUUUGAAUAUAGACGGUGUUUGAGUCAUGUCUAAUAAUAUGGGUUCAGACAAGUCCACUUUUCAACCCAUAGACUUAACUGGCAAACUUAUAAUUAAAGUAUGUUUAUUAAAAGAGAAAUAAGUAUUUAUUUAAUUUAAAAGAAAUAAUUCACUAUUAAUGUUCAAUAAUAAUAAUAAUGUUGCUAAUAAAAAAAAAUAAAUAUAUUUAAUUAAAUACUAUCUAUGUAUUCUUUAAUCAAUCGAAUAGCAUCAAAAAUACUCAAAUGGAAAUUGGAAUAGAACAACUAAAUAAAAAGCUACUCCAUUAGUAGAGAGACAAUCUAUUUUUUCUAUAGUUGAUAAUUUGAUCUUAAUUUAAUGAACAUUGUUUUUCAUUCAAUUAACCAUAAAAUUAAUUAAAAAGCAAGCAGUAUGAUCUAAAUUAUUAUUUUUUUUUACUGGUUUGAUUUACUCAACAAACAUUUUUGCUGUCAUCACAACUUUACACUACUUCCCAAUCGUGAUUUAUAUUUCUCUAUUAUUUUUGUCGUCCAUACUUCAAUGUAGCUCUCACUUUUACAGUGUAAAGUCUAAAUUUUGUUUUCUUUGACAAUAUUUUUGAUCUGAAGAAUUUUGACAAUGCAAAGAACUCUGCUUUUACUAUUCUCUCUUUAAUCUCUCGUAACUAGUUAUUCUUUGUAUGUAAAAGUUUUGGAGGUAGUUUAAUCUGUCUUGAUUUGAUAUUGGGUUUCUUCAAUACACAUCUUGAUCAGUUUUAUUAGUUUCUUUGGGACUCCAACUUCAGUCAUUAUAUUGUAUAGGCCCUCAAUGUUUGCUAGUCAUAGGCUUUUUAAAGUUUACACAUAUUUGCCAAAGAUUUUGUCAGAAUUCAUAUUUUAUUUUCUAUGAUUUGACCUAUAACUACAAUUUGUUCAAUAGUUGAUCUUCCCUUCCUAAAACUACAUUGAUAUUCACCCAUAUGCCUAUAUCUUAGCCUAGUGGUGAUGCGUACCUAAUACUUUUCUAAAAAAACCAGAGUACUAACCCUUAUCCUUGAUUACUAUUUUUUUCCCAUUUUUUCAAUAUUUUAAUUGGUACCCAAACAAUAAUAACACUUUAAAAUUGUUUUAAUACAUUUAUUACUGUUUUAGUUGAAAAUAACUCUCAAUUUGUUGUGCAAAAUCAUUUUGGAUAGGUAAUACGACAAAGUCAAAAAACAUAGGUUACAACAACCAAUGUCAAAGAAACACAAUAUUGAGCAUUUAAUAUUUUUAAAGUGUGUUUUGGAUACUGGUAACCAUAUUGGCAAUUACGAUUUUGUUUGUAGCAGCUUGAAAAAAAUUCUACAAAGGCUUUCCCAAACCAAGUUUUAAAAUUUUGUAACCAUGAGAUUCUUCUUUUUCCAAUGAUUUUUCCUUGUAUUAUGGAUUGGAGUAAAGUAUAUCGAUGCUGAGUGACAUGUUCCAGGUAUUUGGAGUUUCCUGUGCUUAAUGAUGUACAUAAUUUCUAAUUCUUUUUUCAGGCAAAAGGAUGCAACUUUGUUUGACCCCUCCUGAUAUCUUGGCCUUUUCUGUUUGUUCCUCAUAUAGUUUCAUGCAUGCAGUUUGGUUCCGAUAUAGGUUAGAGAUUAUUCUGAGGUUUUUGUUAUCUAAGCCAGAGUAUUUAAUAUAACAUAUAAUAUCCAUAAAAACAACAAACUUUAAAUAACCAUAACUUUGAAACUAAUGAUCAGCACCAAUUUUCAUUUAUGCUAUCAUGUUUAAACUGUUUUAAAAAAUAUAUAUAUAUAUACAUUUAGACAAAUUGCUUGAUUGUUAAACUGCAAAUAUUCUGAUUCUUUUAGAUAUAAAUCGAUGUUUAACAAAAAAACUUAAUAUUAUUUACUUAAAGAUGUGUUUUAUAUUUUAAUCCAAUUAUUAAUUUUAAAUUAACUAUUUUUCAUAGUUUUCGAGAUUAAAAAAAGGAAUACUAAAUAUAAAAUUAUAAAAGUCAAAUUUUUAAUUGACUUAAUAUAUUCUAGUGUAAUGCACAUGCAUUUAAAAAUAUAUCAUUAGUUCAUCUUUGUUAAUCGUUUAACAAAUAAUUUUAAAAAGAAUAAACUAAAAUUAUCAUUAUACAAUCAAAACAAAACUUUUAUGAAUCAAUACAAUUUUUUUAUAAUUCAAGGAUCAAACGUAAAUUUAAAAAAGCUAUAAAGGGAAAUAAUUGUUUGAAAAAAGUUUUAUACAGAAUGCAAACAACAUGUUUUAAACUAAUUUUUGUUUAAUUAUAUUGGUUUUAAUAUGAUUUAGAGGAUUAUAUAAAACAAAAUAUUUAAAACUUUAAACCCCGAUCAAAAGUAUGAGUAGUAUAACAAAUAAUAAAAGAAUAUCACAAAUUAUUAUUGUUUUAAGAACAUGAAACCAUUUUAAAAAUUACAUAUCUUAUCACGACUACAAUUAUUGUAUGAGAAUUUUUUUUUAACUUUUUAAUUUUUAUAAAAAGAAAAUACUGUAUUUCAAUUAUGUAAAUCAAAACAAAAUAUUGUUGUUCGGCUCCAAUAUAUGUCAAAAAUAUAUUAUGUUUAGUCUUUCAAAUUUGUGUAUAAAUCAUAAUAAUUUUAUUAUUUUUUAAUAUAUUUUUUCAGGUUCAAUUAGGCGAUGACAUUAGAAAAGUGUUGAUACACAAUGAGUCUAUAACAUAUGAUGAACUAUUACUUAUGAUGCAACGGAUAUUUAAUGGGAAAUUAACAGCUAUUGAUGAUCUCACAAUCAAAUACAAAGAUGAAGGUAGUAUAUCUUAAUUUAAUACAUAUUGAUACACAAUAAUUUUGUUAUAUAUAUUCAUAUUAAUUUUAAUUUUAAUAAUAAUUAAAUCGUAUUAGGAUAGGUUGCUGAAUUUUAAUUUUAACAUUUUUAUAUUACAUAAAACUAUUUUUGUAUUUGUUUUUAUCACUUUAGGAACUGAAUUUAAUAUUAAAAAUUCUAAGUUACCUGAUCUACUUAAUUGCCUUAACAUUGUAUUUUCUUAAAGACAAAUAUAAUUGAAUUCUAAUAAUUUGAGAGUACACACAUUUGUGUGUUUAAUGUUACUUCUUAAAAUGCUAUUUUAUUAAAAUAUAUUUUAAAUAUUAUUUUAAUUAUUUGUAAUUGUGUUAAUUUUAUUAAAAAUAUUAGAUGGAGAUUUGAUUACUGUAUUUGAUAGCCAAGACUUAUCUUUUGCUUUGCAAACAAGCAGAGUGUUAAAAUUACAAGUGUUCAUGAAUAAUUUGAAUAAUCAAGCAUUAUUAAAGCCCAAAUUAAACGUUGAAGAACUUAAGAAACAAAUACGAGAGAUAAGAAAUUCUGUAACAUGGCUAUUGGACACAAUUGAAGAUACUAAUGAAGGAAACAAUAUGUCAAAUACUAUACGUAAUAAUAAUAAAUGCAACUUAUAAAUCUACCAUUUAUAUAACUAACUUUUCAAUAAUUUUAUUAGAACAAGAUCAAUUGCCACCGAGUAUUACAUCAGCAGAAGUACUCGCAGACAAUGGGGUUACUAAAGAAUUUGAUCCAUUGCGUAAUUCUAAAGAAGAACGAUCAAAAACUCCUCAAACUACACAACAACUUAAAUGUAAGUUAUUUUUUUAUUGCCUAAUAUUAAGUUCUUAAUUAACCAAUGAAACUUAUAAGAAUAAUAACCAAACUAUUAUUGUUAACAUAUUUGUCAAGUACCUAUAUAUAUAUAUUAUGCAUUAAUGCUCUAGAGCUAUAAUUUAGAGCUUAGAUGUAUAGGAGGUAAAUUUAGCAAAAUUUAUAUUUAAACUUGAGGGUUUGUGGCUAGCAUUAAUUUCUGCUUGCCAGAAAAUAGAAGCUCAGAAAAAACCAUAUAAAUUCUACAACUUCCUAGUUCCAAUUUAUUAUAUUUAUUUGCUUCUUAAAACAAUACUUAUUUAUCUAAAUAAAUGUUACUACAAUUCAGAAUAAAGCUGUGAUUUAAUUGAAUGUAGUAAAUUAGCCACACCAUUUGGGUUAGUUUUCUGAUGAAAAAAUGAAACAUAUUGUUUUAAAUAAUGUUUAAUAAUAAUUGAUAAUAUGACCAACUUGAUUUGACCAUGACUGUGAAAUAUUAUACAUUAGGUUGGUUAAAUAUAACGUCAAUGCAUAAAAUAAGAGAAAACAAUAAUAUAAAGAAACAUUUACAUUUUUAACAAAUAUGUAUAAUGACUUUGUGGCCAAGUGCUUCUGAAAAAAAAAAUGGGGUACACUGAUCCAUUAGAAAAUGAUGUAACCUAAUUAAGUUAUACAUUUAAUGAUAAUCAUGGCUUUGCUUUAUUUUUAGAAUGAGUAUUAAACAUUAAAUUUUUUUAUUUUUUAGCUGAGUUAUCUCAAGAAAAUUUAGCUGCAUCUCCUCAGCCCCUUAGGCAAACACCACCUGUUCAACAAGCUCAAAUAUCUCAACAUGUGUACAAUGGGCAAUCUCAAGGCACUCUGAAUCAGCAGAUUCCAUACCCUGGAGGACAAAUACCACAAGGUAUGUAUAAAUUUGAAAUUUUAUUAAAUUUGUGAUAGUUUAUACAGAAUAUUUUAAAAACAAAUUUAUAUAUUAUAGGAGCUCAAGGUAAGUGGGUAAAUCCUUACCCGCAACCAGCAAUGAGAGCUUCAUAUCCAGCUCAAUAUUCUUAUCUGUACUCAACACAAAUACCAGCUUCGGGUUAUUCUCAAAUUACAGCUCAAAUGAAGCCUACUGGGAAUGCAACUGUUCAUUCAAUAUAUUAUCCAACUAAUUCAACUCCUAAUCAACAAUAUUCUGCUACUCAGUAUCAAGGACAAUAAUUAUGCUAUUGAUGUAUAAAACUUUAAAACCUCCUAAGUUUAUGGACUGAUAUUACCCAUUAAAAAUUAUUACAUUAUUACAUUUAAUAUUAUUAUUUCAAGUUUAUAAUAUUAGCAGUUAGUAAAAAAUUUGAAUAGUGUUUUUUUAACUAGAAUUUUUUUGAAAAUACUAAUUAUUUGUACUUAAAACUUAGAAUAGGAAACAUUAAGUAAAUAUCUUAUUUAUAUUUAAAUAUGUAUAAAUGUAGCAUAAUAUCAAUUGUUAUGCUAAAUUUUUCUCUUUUUUUUAGUUAUUGCAUUCCAUUGUCAGUUUUGUAAAUUUAAUUAUUUAAUUAAUAAUAAACCUACCAAAUAUUAGCUAGUCUUGAUAAUAUGCUUUACAAAAUUAUUUUAAAAUAUUGUCAAUCGGUUUGCUAUGACAAUUAAAGCAUUGUUUAAAUAUUAUUAUUUUUUUUUUAAAAAUACACAAUAAAUAAACAUUGGUGUAUAUAUAUUUUUAAGUGUAAAAUAAUUAUCCAUAUUUAUUCUUAACUGUGUUAUUAAUUUUACUUUCAGUUUAUUAAAAACAAACUUUUCUUUACUUUAAAGUAUUUAAAAAGAACCUGUAUUUAUGUAUUGUGAUUUUUCUACUUUUAAAAAUUA